AUGACUUACGCCAUCUCAGCUAACCCGACCCUUUUCCGUUACCACCAUUUUGGCCAAUCAGCAACCUUAUUCACCCACUCCCACUCCUCCCCCUCGUCCCCUGCUGCACUGACUGCACCACUGCUAUCCCCUCUUCCUUUACCAGAAGAUCUAGCAGCAGCCACAUCAUUCGCCGUUUCGCCCUCCUCCCCCUCCGCGCCUGCUAAGCGAGAGAAGCCGUCUCUCCCCUUCACCCCCUCCUUCUCCCUCAGCCAUCAGCAGCCACGUCAUUCGCCGGCUCGCCCUGCUCCCCCUCCGCGCCUGCUAAGUGCGAGAAGCCGUCUCUCCCCUUCACCCCCUCCUUCUCCUUGGACCACUCAUUCCCCUUUCCCACUUUCCCCCUUCCCCGCGUUCCCACUCCCCCAGCUAGCAGUAGCCACGUCAUUCGCCGGGUCGCCCUCCUCCCCCUCCGCGCCUGCUAAGCGCGAAAUGCCGUCUCUGCCCUUCACCCCCUCAUUCUCUCUCGAGCACGAGCUGGAGGCCAGGGAGGUCAUUCUCGCUGCCUGCCGCCUGGCGCUAGCUGGCUACUCCACCACCCUCCAGCUGGAGGCCAGGGUGGUCAUUCUCGCUGCCUGCCGCCUGGCGCUAGCUGGUUAUUCCACCACCCUGCAGGUCAGCUGUCAUAAUUUUCCCUCUCAUGACGACUACCCCUUUCCUGCUGCCUCUAAACCGUUCUUCACGCCAGCCGCACUGCCAUUCGUUCGCCGCUCUGGCAUUACCCUCAUGCCUCCUCUCCAUCCCUCCCGCAUGCUUCGCUUGCUGCUGCUUCCAUUCCCUGAGUGCAUAUCUUCAUCAACCUCACCACGCUCAGAAUCCAUUUCCUUCAUCUUCGUCCAUCACCCUGCUCUGCUCUCUCACCCUUCCAGUCCUUCCCUCUGCUCUUCCCUCUACGUGCUUCAGUAUGAGCUCAAGAGCCGGUGCAUCAAGCAGACCCUCCCCCUUCCCUUGCCUUUGCUUCCCUCCUUGCCCCUCAUGCCUCCCCUUGGGCCUCCCCUUGGGCCUCCCUUGUCCUGUGCCUCCCACCAGGUGCUUCGCUCAAAGCUGAGGGUCAUGCAACGCCCGGCAAGGCCAAGUUGGGCAGGUGGCAAGUGCAGCAGAGGCACACCCUGCUGCUCUGUUACUGAAACCUCCCCUUCUUGCCCUUUGUGUUCAUCUCACCAGGUGCUUCGCUCUGAGCUGAGGGACAUGCGCAAUGCGCAGCAGGCCAAGGCAGGAGGCAAGCAGAAGAUUGACCUGGGCAACAACUUUGGUGGGGAGAGCGCGAGCUUUAUCGGCAAGAUUCUGAGGAGAAUAUCGCGUGUGGAGUAG